UUCAUGGGCCGAACUAAACUCUUGCGUCAGCCAAUCACUGUAGUCGGACUAGAGGACAUAUAUUCAUGGUUUUAUUUCCCUAAAGAGCAGUCUGUAGGCUACUCGAAGAACGAACUACUUCAAAAACCCAAGAAAACUUUGGGACAUAAUUAAUCUGAAGUUUUGAGCUCAUGGCAGAAAUAACACAGGGGGAAUAAACAAGAUGAACUGAAGUCAUUUUGGAAACAAAGAAUUACUCUGAAAAUAAAGAAGCUACUAUUUUUUAUGACAUAUUGUAUCAGUCACAUUUUUUAAAACGGGAAUCUGUUAAAAUGAGACACGUCAUCUGAGCCAAAAGAAGACCCGCGGAAGUUACCCAAACUAAGUCUUUAAAGAUUGCCAGCAAUAAUAUCGACAAGCCACGCUGCGGCGAUGGAUUCAGGCGGCAAGCAAGUAACCUUCCAGUUGAUGCUGACAGUAGGAGCAGCGGUGAUUGGCUCACUGCAGUUCGGUUACAACACAGGUGUCAUCAACGCCCCUCAGAAGGUUAUUGAGAGGUUCCUCAAUGAGACAUGGUUCGACCGCUACCAGGAGCCCAUCACCAAGGCCUCCCUCACCACCCUGUGGUCCGUCUCCGUCGCCAUCUUCUCUGUCGGCGGUAUCUUCGGCUCCUUCUCCGUGGGCCUGUUUGUCAACCGCUUUGGCAGGAGGAACUCCAUGCUCAUGGCCAACGUGCUGGCCUUUGUCUCCGCUGCUCUCAUGGGCUUCUCUAAGAUGGGUGGCUCGUGGGAGAUGCUGAUCAUCGGGCGCUUCGUGGUGGGACUUUACUCCGGCCUCUCAACUGGCUUUGUACCCAUGUACGUGGGUGAGGUGGCCCCCACUGCCCUUCGAGGAGCCCUGGGUACCCUCCACCAGCUGGGCAUUGUCACGGGCAUCCUGAUGGCACAGGUGUUUGGCAUGGAGGCCUUAAUGGGGAACGCAUCUUUGUGGCCCUUCCUGCUGGGCUUCACCUUCAUCCCAGCCCUGGCGCAGUGUGCACUGCUGCCCUUCUGCCCCGAGAGCCCCCGCUUCCUCCUCAUCAACCGCAACGAGGAGAACAAGGCCAAAACUGUCCUGAAGAAGCUGCGUGGGACCACAGACGUGAGUGCAGACAUGCAGGAGAUGAAGGAGGAGGCCAGGCAGAUGAUGAGGGAGAAGAAGGUGACCAUCCCAGAGCUGUUCCGCUCGCCACUCUACCGCCAGCCCAUCUUCAUCGCUAUCAUGCUCCAGCUCUCCCAGCAGCUUUCUGGCAUCAACGCUAUUUUCUACUACUCUACCCGUAUCUUUGAGAAGGCCGGAGUUGCUCAGCCUGUUUAUGCUACAAUUGGUGCCGGUGUGGUCAACACAGCCUUCACUGUGGUGUCGCUGUUUGUGGUGGAGCGCGCUGGACGCAGGUCUCUCCACCUGCUGGGGCUGAUUGGAAUGGCAGGCGCUGCCGUCCUGAUGACCAUCGCUCUGGCUCUGCUGGACAAGCUGCCAUGGAUGUCCUACGUGAGUAUUGUGGCCAUCUUUGCCUUUGUGGCGUUCUUUGAGAUCGGCCCGGGUCCCAUCCCCUGGUUCAUUGUGGCUGAGCUGUUCUCCCAGGGACCCCGGCCCUCGGCCUUCGCUGUUGCUGGCUUCUCCAACUGGACUGCCAACUUCAUAGUGGGCAUGGCCUUCCAGUAUGUAGAGGAGUUGUGUGGCCCUUAUGUCUUUGUCAUCUUCACCAUACUGCUGCUCAGCUUCUUCAUCUUCACCUACUUCAAGGUGCCUGAGACCAAGGGCCGGACGUUUGAUGAGAUCUCAGCCGGGUUCCGCCAGUCGGCUGGCACUGGUGGAGAGAAGCACUCGCCAGAGGAGCUCAACAGCCUGGGGGCUGACUCUCAGCUCUAAGCACCUGUCCCUCCCCUCUCCUCUCGUUCCACUCCCACUGAUGAGGCCCGGCCCUGAACCCUCUCUGGCCACCCCAACCUGAGGGGACCACUCACUAACUGCGUGCAAAUUGACUACUAAACUGACACACUGGUUGUCAUUACAUUUCAGGCAUCUUCACCAAGCAGAAAACAGAUGCCCCGAUCUCCUUUCCCGAUCCCCUGUCUCAACGUCUCUAGCUUCUUUCUCUUCUCAUCACAACACUAACUUGGUGGGAGCAGGGACAUGGGUGGCAGAAGGUGGGUUGGAAUGGUAGAUGGUUAGAAGAACGAAAAGGGGGGUCUUCAAUUAUACAACGGUCACCGCUAAGUUACUUUUACUUUCUUUUCUCUUAUUUUGUUUGUUGCCUUACUCAUUUUGUCAGUUUAGAUAUCCAUGCUUAUGUCCCUUAUGUAGGUCUCAGUACUUCUCAUUGAAGUAAGGGAUGGUUUUAAAGUUCAGAAUUUGUGUUUUUGUUCCCUUUGUUACUUGAUGAAACAGAGCAUACUGUGUAGCAACACUGUAGCCACAGCAAAUUUGAGCAAUUGUUGUGGAAUUGAAAUAUGACAUUUGUACUGUUUUCCAACAGGGGGAGCAGUGCCCUCAAUGAAAGGCCUUCUACUGUAUAGUACCACAACGUGACUUGCUUUGCCAGUCCAGAGACUAAACCACAGCUAAUCUUUAUUGUGUUCCACAUAGGGGAUGUCUGAGGCUACAUAUACCAAUAUGUAUCUUUAUUACACAGACCCUCUGUUUAUGACCUAAAUUAUUUACUGGAUCAAUCAAGACCCUCAGGAUAUUGUAUGCCAUGUAAAUAUUUUUUUACCAACAAAUUUUUAACUUCUGUCCAGAUAGGUUUUUGAUUGUUUUAGAAAUAUUUGUUUCUUAUGGAAAAAUAAAUCAAAUCAUGAAGAGUCA